AUGGCGUCUUCUCGUGGUGAUACGGACGAAAGUUCACGAGAUUCGGGUUUUGGUGAAAUGGAAUGCGAAAAUAUGCCAGUGGAUUUCGCCCAGUCAUCAUCAGCCAAGAGAUCAACGUAUCAAUUUAAGAGUCUGGAUAUGGAGAUGGACGAUUUAGUUAUUGAAGAGUCAUUAGAAAUACAGACAACAAACAUGAUUUGUACGAAAACCGAAGAACUAGAAGUGAGGGCGGUUCUCAGUAAUAUGAGAUCGUUACGAAGAGGUCUGGCUGAUGUAACGAACAGAGCCACUUCUUUCAGUGCCCGAUGUACUCUUGCCGAAUCUCCCAAGUCACGGAAAUCGGUGUUUGCGAAACCGUAUUUGCGUACAUCCAGUCUGUACAACAAGAGGAAACGAGAUCAUCCUGGCACCGUUUUAGAGUACAAACGACACAGAAUCGGUGGAGUCAUCGAGGAAGACGAGAAUUAUCAUCUGGAGACCGUCACCACAAACGAUUCGCAAGCAUUUCGACGAAUUGACGCCAAUACACUCUGUCGUCUGAUGAAGUCGAUGAGUAGCCACGAAUUCGCCGAGAAGGCUCAAAUGUUACGUAGUAUUGAUCGUCAACGAAACGUUGACGUUUAUCCGAAAGUGGAUUUUCCGGAGAUUUACGUUGUCGACAAGGGAUAUCGCAAUUUUUUCGAAAUGUUUGCUGAUUCUACGGACAAGUAUUUGUGCGAACCCUGCAGCUACGUUACAAUGGUGGACGGUCGAUUCGCUCAUGACCUCAAACAGUUCAGUUUUCAUAAGAAGAGCUGGGGUAAUUCUACGUGUCCAAAGAGCCUAUCGUCACAGACCCGUUUGGCACUCCGUAAACUUUCUGAGGAUUCUCUAGAUUCACCGUCAAGUACAGGUGUCAUGAAGCCGUCAUCACGUCGACCAUUGUUCAACGCCACACCAAAAACCCCGGAAACUACGCCACCGACACCCACACGACAGUUGCACUUCUCCUGA